AUGGAUCCUAGCCAGUACUCCCCGAAGGCGCCGGGCAGUGUGCCUCCGCUGGGUGCCAUCACCACACUGGGGACUCUCGUCUACCUCGAUGGGAGUCCCGGAGGCGUGCCGAUUAAGAUAGACAUUCAGGGGAACAUUGAUAAAGGCUUCUUCCAAGCUGAGGGCGAAUGGACCUGCUACAGGCGAAACUAUUUCUCCUGCGUCUGCUCUUACAGCCUCACGCCGUAUUACCCCAACCAGCCGAUGCCGAUGCAGUAUACUCAGAACGGGGCCCAGCAGUCUUACACCGUCGUGGGCUUUGCCAUGUGCAUCUCGGCCGUAGUUGCCGACAGUGAUCAAACGAUCGACCUGGUUCAGCACACACCCAAGAGAGACAAAGGGCCGACGGCCAAACCCGAAAAGGUUCGGCUCCUCCCGAAGACGCCCCAAACCACCCAUCACUCCCUUGGCCUCUACGGUCACGAUCCCAGCGGACUAGGAGGCGCCCCUCGCAUGGGCUAUGCCGGAGACCCUUAUUCCGGUACGGCGCUACCCGGGGACGCUUACCAGACGGAGCACACGUUCGAGAGAAUCCAGUUUAAACAAGCCACUGCGAACAACGGGAAGAGACGAGCUGCCCAGCAGUACUACCAUUUGUUAGUGGAGCUCUGGGCCGACGUGGGCAACCAGUCGCCAGACAGCUACGUUAGAAUUGCACAUCGCAAGUCGGCCAAAAUGAUUGUCCGCGGCCGAUCUCCAGGCCAUUAUCAAAACGAAAGGCGAGGCAGCACGAGCAGCGGACCCGGUGGCUCGGCUGGUAGCAUGGGCGGAUAUGGGGGGAAUCAGCUGAUGAGCUCUGACUAUGCGUCGGGGAAUACCAUGCUCGGCGGCGGCUACGGGGCAGGCUUUGAUUCUAGGGGCGGAAUGCAUUAUGGGGGGGCCCGGCAUCACCACGACCUGCCCCUGGAGCUCUCGAUCCCCCCGGACGAGGCCAAGCAUAUCGACACGGCCAAAGGGUACCAAUAUUUCCCGGGUUCGAUAUACGAAAGCAGUCACCAAGACGGGAGAGGUGGCGUCGACAUGUUCACCAACGGCCAUCACCAUCGGUCGGGGCAGGAAGGCGUGGUGUCUCACAUGGCCACGGGGGUCGACCAGACCCAGGACCGGGCCAGAAAAGAUCCGGAAAACGGCCUUCUUCCCAGCUUGUUCCACCAAGGCCCUCUAGCCUCAAGUCAAAGAUGUGGGCCCUUCGAUGCCAAAACGGCAUCCGGGGGGUACUACCCGACAUUGACGCCCCAGCCCGGAAUCGACAUUCCUAACAUCGUGUGA